AAUUUUGACGUCCCGUCUUGAAAUCUCAGUCUUAAAUUCGGGAAGAGAGAGAAACGGAGAAUAUAAUUGAGAGAGAAUAUAGGAGGAGAGAAGAGAGAGAAAGAGUGUUGUUGCUUGAUAAGAACGUACAAACAUAGCCUUUAAAAGGUAGGAUUCGGCUUCAGGUAGACGGCUGCAAAGAAAAUCUGCAAGCUUCAAAGGCUUUAUAAGACUCUCUCUCUCUACACUUCAAAAUUGGGCUAUUUUGUUGCUUUCAUGGCGCUCUGUAAGUUUUAGUUGGCCUUUUUCUCUCGAAAUUUAGAGGAAGAAUAGAGAAAUGAAAGCUGAGAUCGAGCUCGCAUGCAAGUCUCUGGAUCAUCCCACUGUAUUUGUGAGAGGAAGUGAAGGCUGGGCUUAGUUUUUGACAAGAGAAGAGAAGAAAGCCCUAGGAUAUGGGAUGCCUAAUAUCGAGUCCAAAAAAUCGUGAGAAGAACAGGAGGUGGCCUGGGCAUGUCGGGGAGAUUGUAGUUUUUGUGCCAGGAUUCCGGAUACCCCAAAAUGUGGACUUUUCAAGCACGUUAUCGCAGUGCUUGUCUUCGAGUCUGGUGCAACGCCUCUCAGCUCUUAGGACUCGAAUAGUUGUCAUGGCAGCCCAAGAAGCACCAACUGCUUCAAAGCCCAGGAGAAGAACUGCUACCCAACAUGGUGGCACAACGCUUGCUGAUCUUCAACAAGCUAUUGAGGAUUACUUGCCAGUUCUCCUGGGACUAGUAAAAGAUGGAAGCCAGCUUAUGAACAAAGUAGAGUUUGUGUGGGUCAACCAGGAGGAUGAUAAAGAGGAAACAGCCGUAUCAGAUACUUGGUAUGAGGUACUAUCAGUUCUACACUUGAUGGCUAUGCUCUCUCUGUCACAGGCCAAUUUCUUACUUCUUCCUAAAACACCUAGUGACGGUUACCAGCCAAAGGUAUCUGAAGAGAGCAGGCGGAAUUCUAUUGACAUAUUCUUGCGGGCGGCUGGAUAUUUGGAUUGUGCUGUUCGGCAAGUCCUUCCUCAAAUGCCUCCUGAUGUUAGGAGAGAUCUUCCGGUGGACCUUCAAGAAGGAGUUUUGCAAGCUCUCUGCCUCCAGGCACUGGGACAGGGUGUUGACGUUCAACUUGGAAUUGCAAUUGAUAGCACCAAGGCCACCUUAGCUGUGAAACGAAGACUUGCCUGUGAAAUGGUGAAGUAUUGGAAGCAGGCUCAGGAUGGCCUCAUAAACCUUCCUUUAUGUAAUAGUUGGGGAGAAAAACAUCAAAUUUUUGUCAAGUGGAAGCUUACUGAAGCAAAGGCAGCAGCUUACUAUUAUCAUGGCCUAAUCCUUGAUGAAGCAAACACCGAGAAGUCUCAUACUAUGGCAGUGGCUGCUCUUCGGGCAGCAGAGGAGUUUCUAAAAGAGAGUAAAAAGGCUGCUGAGUGCUUCUCUACAGCGCCUCCACAAUCAAGGAAUCCUCCUCUUUGGGGAGCAAUGAAAUAUUUGUCGGAGAAGAUCCCAAACGAUGCUGCCAACAAGGCACGCAUCAACAGAGAUCUCUACAGUCAUGAGAAGAUCAUAGAGUCAGCACCCCCAUUGCCAGACUUCCCACUGGCGCUAAAGCCCGAUGAGUACCAGCUCCCCCGAUCUGAUCACGCUUGGAACCAAACCGAACCAUCAAAGGACACGAACCAGUCUAAGAGAACAUAAAGCAAGGCCAAUCCAGCAAAGGACCAAACAAAAGUUUCAAAAUUCACUUGUACACUUGCUCCAUAUCAGAGCUCGCAUAGUGCAAAGGUUUACCCCAGUGUUUCCGCUCCCACUACACUAAUGGGAAGCUAGUAGCUGUGGAGAAUGAAGAAUUAUCUGAGAUUUGGGGUAUAAGCAAACGUGUCUCAGUAAAUAUAUAUAGUAAGGGAAUUUGUGGGUGGGUGAGAUAAAAUUUAAUUGCGAAAUCCUAUAUAUAUUCUGCAACCAGGAAAUGAAAUCCGACUUCCUCUUCUUUUUAUGUCUGUCUAUUGUGGUGUAUGUAAGAUGAGGAGUUGACCUCACUGUUUUGGUGGGCGAAAGACGUAAGGCAAGUUUCCUUAGAGAGUGUUUGCUGUAAUUCUUUUGGAUUUUGUUAUAAAUGAUCCACUUUUCUUCAGUAAGAUUCAAUCACCAUCGGAAUUGGG